AUGAUGCUAGGAUCCACUGUCUCGGGCUCAUCAAUUGGUACAAAUGAUUCUCCUCCCAUCUCUAAGUCAAUCGAGCCUAACGAAGAGUAUGAUGAGAAUUGGGCGCUCUGGUUGGAACUUGAGACUAAUGAUCACCCAUUUGGCAAUCCCUACAACUUUUGCACCCGGGAAAAUGAAUCGACUUUAGCUUGUUUUACAACUACCACGGCGGACCCAUGCCUUUGGGAGUUCCUAGUUUCGAUAGCGACCCAUGCAGAAGCUGGAACCUUCAUCAUAUUAUCAGAAAGCCACUGGGGGCUAAGGCUUUGUAUACCUACGCAGCCAGUCUUCAGUCAACAGCCAAAAGACAUCCACGUGAUCUGGGGCUUGAUGCUAUCCCCACAACGCAAUGGCAACUAUGUGCAAAAACAGAUGAAACAUUGCUCCGGUGCCGAAAUCACUAAAGAGGUACUCGGGCAUCUGAAAUAUUCUUCGCCGAUCCACCAAACUCUGACCAUUCCUCGUAUUAUGCCACGAAUGAGCUCUAUGUUACUGGUCCGCUCCGCAACCGACCGUCCAGGGGUGAUACCUCCGCAAACUUCGAACUUGGGCUUUGUUGGCCAAUUCGUGGAAAUACCGCGGUACAGCUGCGUGGACAUAAGUUAUGGCAUCCGUACUGCGCAGAUCGCAACGUCUCAACUGACGGGCAUCUCUUUGCCCGAUGAUGAAGAUGAAGAUAGGGGCUCCACACUGGUGAAUUUAUUCAGGAUACUGUUUUGGAAAUGA